UAUUUAAUUGCAUUUUGUAAACCAGACAAAGAAUUCUUUGUCAGAAAUCGCCUGGAAAUGAGCUCAUCCGAAACAUCUGCGUCGGCUUUCUCCAGCUCGGACACGGCCGCCCUGGAGCGGCAGACGGAGACGGAGCAGCCGGUGACCCUCGCAGAGAUUUGGAACGAAAACCACCGGAGAACGAGUGGCGAUUGGGUUCGCAAAAAUGGUUACAAAAGGGUUUGCCUGCAAUUCCCGGAUGACUAUCUGCCCCACAGCAAUGCCAUUAGUGUGGGCCUCAGGGAGCUACUUGCGCCGGAGGACGUGAAGGUCUUCAUCCUGGCGGACACCACCUACGGAAGCUGCUGCGUGGACGAGAUUGCCGCUGCCCAUGUGGAUGCGGACAGUGCGAUUCACUUCGGGAAUGCCUGCCGCAGCAGAGCCACCCGCUUGCCGGUACUCUAUCUUUAUCCAGAGUUGCUGCUAGAUGUGGAUCUCCUCCUCAGCAAACUGGAAAGUCUGCGUGGGGAGUGCACAGAUCGGCAGGUGUGCAUUUACCUGGACAUUGGCUACCAACAUCUCCACGGUGAACAGCUGCAGACACAGCUAGUUGAGGCCCUGCAGCCGAAGGAUCUCAUCCUAGAGCUGUUUCCGCCCACUGAGGGUGAGUCAACGGCCUCCAAGGAGAAUUCCAGCCUCGAGCGGAUUUGCAUUUUCAUCGGCGCCGAUAACCAGCGAUUCGCCAAUCUUUCCCUGACCGCUCCAGCCGCUGUUCAAUGGCACAUCUACGAUGGUGCCGCUGCCAGUCUCAGCUCCAAGAAUCCCCUCACGGCGCAGUUCAUCCGGCGUCGCUAUUUCCAUAUCGAAAAAUGCAAGGAUGCACAAACCCUAGGCCUGAUAGUGGCCACUCUUUCGGCUGAGGGAUACCUAGAUGUGGUGGCCCGCCUUCAAACAAUGGCCAAGGGCAGGGGCAUUAAGACGCAGCUAAUUUCCGUGGGCAGGAUCAAUCCCGCCAAGUUGGCCAACUUCCUGGAGAUAGAUUGCUUUGUCCUGAUCGGUUGCCCCUUCAACAAUAUGUACGACUCCAAGGAGUACUACAAGCCCAUUGUUUCCGUCUUCGAGGCAGAGAUGGCCUUGAAUCCCGCCUGGCACAUGAGAUAUCCCGAAGCCUAUGUCACGGACUUCAAGCAACUUCUGCCGGAAGGGCGCAGCUUCCUGCCCUUUGAUGUGGCAGCCAUACCAGAGCACGACGUCAGCUUGGUCAGCGGAAGGCUGAGGGGAGUGGUUAACGAUUCCCUGGAAACGGCAGGAGAUCCCGCUUCCCUGGCCCUGGCCACACAAGCGAAAAUGUCCCUAAUGACCACGGACACAGGACUCGCCUUCGAGGACCGCACCUGGCAGGGACUGGACCCUGCCCUGGGCCAGACGGAGCCCGCACAGUUGAAACAGGGUCUAAGCGGCAUUCCCAUUAACUACACACAUCAAUAAAGGGCCACAACUAGUUAUUUAA